AUGUCCGGCCAGGAAGGUGGCAAAAAGAAGCCCCUGAAACAACCCAAGAAGCAGGCCAAGGAGAUGGAUGAGGAGGAUAAGGCUUUCAAGCAGAAACAGAAAGAACAGAAGAAACUGGAGGAGCUGAAAGCGAAGGCCGCGGGGAAGGGCCCCCUGGCCACAGGUGGAAUUAAGAAAUCUGGCAAAAAGUAAGCUGCUCCUUGGCACCUGAAGUGAUGCUGCCCUCAACCCCACACAUGUCUGAACAUCUGGCGUCUCGGCCGGAGCAUCUUUAGCCGCCCAUAGUUAGAAUGUAGUGUCACCUUGGAGCCCGUUGUACAUUUACAAAUAAACUUUUGUAAAAAAAAAAA